AUGAUAUGCUCUCUUGGAUUCAAAUUCCUCAAGCUCAACCCCAUUGGUUUCGUGCCGGUUCUGGUGGAUGGCGAUCUUGUGCUUGCUGACUCCUUAGCCAUUAUUAUGUAUCUGGAUGAUAAGUAUCCUCAACACCCUUUGCUGCUUAGUGAUAUUCACAAAAGAGCAAUCAAUUUCCAGCUACACCUGCUCUGUGUCAUUCUAAUCAUGUCAUCUCAUCCACAAGCUACCCACAUCAUUUCCUCGUCCAUACAGCCUCUUCAAAACAUAAGCUUUCUGAAUUACAUCGGGGAAAAAGUCGGCCCUGACAAAAAGCUUCCUUGUGUACAAGGUGUCCUUAGAAAGGGCUUCACAGCACUUGAAAAACUCUUGAAGGACCACACGGGAAGAUAUGCAACGGGAGAUGAAAUUUCCUGGUAUGUUGGUAUUUUAAGGGGGCAGAUGAUUCCUUUUAAGGGGGCAGAUGCUAUAGUCUCAUGUGUGAUAUUGGAAUAGUUUUGUGUUGCUUGCAUUUACAUUAAUUGCUAUGGCUGGAAUUCAUAUGUUGUUGGCUUUAUUAACACUUAACGGAGUUGUAUUGCUAUAGCUGAAAUUUGUUUGUGCAAUUCUGGUUGUUGUA